AUGAGACUUAUCAACAAAUUGCCCUUGCUUGGGCUUGGGUGCAAUCCCUCUAUCCGACCAACCCUCCUCCUCCUCCUCCUCCCCCCCACCCUCACCCUCGCCAGAAACGCCUCCCGCCUCUCCGGUAUCCACGAUGGUCUCAGACGAUCCGAGCGCGCAAGACCACAAGGCUCCAGCCCCAGGGAGAUCCGCCGGGCACCCGAGGACGAGCCAUACAUGACCCCAUCCGAACGCCUGCGGGCACGAGCGCUGGCGCGGCAGAACCCUAUCACCUACAAAAUCCGGAAGGGCAAAAAAGAUAUUACAGAGCCCGCCGGGCCGCCGCGCAAGUCAAGAGCAGCCCGCUUGUCUGACCCUCGAGAUCCCCUCGGGUCUGGAAGCCUCCUGAAGAAAUUUAGAACCGGGACGCUUGUCAAGGAGCUGAGGGAAGAGGGCGGGCUCGGUGGGGAUGGCAAUCUGCAGCACGAUGAUUUCUCCAGGCAGUUGCUGGCUAGAGAGGUCGAGCAGCUGAUGGAUUCUCGCAAGACGCCAGGCAGGAGGGAACGAGUUAGACCCUGGGAGACGGAACGUCAAGAGGCUCGACCCGCGCGGCAUAGUCAUCCGGAGGACAGGUCCUCGGUAUACCUUGGGAAUGAUGAGUGGGAUACGGAGAGACCUCGUGGCAGACAAGACUUUGGCCGAGACAGACGCAGUGUACAGACCUCCCGCGACGAACCCAGCUUUGGUCAGAGGAGGCGUGAGUUUGAGAAGGCUCGCGACGAAAGACGCGACUUUGGCAGACCCAACCGAGGCGAGUCUGAUAGGUUCAGGACCCAUCAAGAGGACGACUAUACGGCCAGCGAGAUGCCAGAAAAGAAGAAGAAAAAGUACGAGCCACCCAUGUCACUACCUUACACCACGGCAGCAUCUCAAUUCUUGUACGGCACCUCCACCGUCGAGGCUGCGCUGGAGGCUAGCCGUCGGAAACUCUACAAGCUGUAUAUCUAUCAGGGUGGAAACCGGCGGAACCAAGCAAAGGACGAGUACUUGUCGGAGCUGGCAUGGAAGAGAGGCGUCAAGGUUGACUAUGUCGGAGAAGACGGGCUCGCACUGAUGAACAAGAUGAGUGGCACUCGUCCGCAUAACGGCUACGUUCUCGAGGCAUCGCCUCUGCCCCAGCUGCCGAUCAGAGCUCUCGGUGAGGUGUCGGCCGAGGAAAGCUGGCCGGGCUUCCGGGUUUCUGUGGGGCACCAGUCCUUGGAAGAAGUUUCCAUCAACGGUACUUCGGAGUUCAUCAUCACAGAGCCGGGCGCACACAAGCCGCUCGUGCUGUAUGUGGACCAGGUCCUGGACCCAGGCAACCUGGGUGCCAUCAUCAGGACAGCCAGCUUCAUGGGGGUCACAGCAGUCGCCGUGUCGAGGAGGGGUUCUGCCCCCGUGACGCCGGUGGUGCUGAAGGCGUCGGCAGGUGCUGCUGAGAACUUGACGAUGUUCAUGGUCGACUCGCCUGUGGACUUUGUGAACGAGUCCAAGGAGAACGGGUGGAAGAUCUAUGCCGCUGUGCCGCCCAAGCCAGGGUCAGAGCGCAAGCAGGUGGACACGCGGACCGUGGAGAAGACGGAUCCUCUCCUGAAGGACCCUUGCGUCUUGGUGAUGGGCAGCGAAGGGGAAGGGCUCUCGCGCCAGCUCCGAAGGGCAGCAGAUUUCGAGGUCAGCAUAGCGAACAUGUCGGGAUCCAAGGUUGUGGACAGCUUGAAUGUCAGCGUGGCCACCGGCCUGUUGUGCUCGGCCUUUGUCAGGGGAAAGAGUCAAGCGCUUGACAGCGGCGUCGAGGAUGCCGGAGCGCUUUUUUAA